AUGGAUAUUUUCUGGGUAGUUUUGUUUGUGGGGCUUUGUUUAGUGGUGGCUAUGGCUGUUCAAACCUUUUGGUUGACCAAGCUUUGGUUCCGGGAUUCUCAAAAGGCAUCCCCGUAUGAGUGCGGGUUUGACCCUUUUGGAUCUGCUCGUGCCCCUUUUUCCGUACGCUUCUAUAUGGUAGCUAUCUUAUUUCUGGUAUUUGAAGUAGAGUCAUUAAUAUUUUUUCCCGUUCUUCAGGCCUAUAAAGAAGGGGCUAAGAGUUUUGGGAUCUACAGGUGGGGAUUCUUAUUAAUUCUUACCUUGGGGUUGUUUGUAGAGCUGUAUCGGGGGGCUCUUGAGUGAGCCCGGGAUUAA